UUCUCGGGAAGCUCAACGACUUGCACCAAACGGCCCCAACAAAAUCGUGGUCGCCAUGGGCCAUGCCAUGCUUGCGCUGAUUUCAUGGCUCACCCUGCAGCUUGUCUCAAGCAUCCAGCCAACGGAGCAAGGCCCAUCUUCCACUUCGGCCCCAGGUUUUCUGGGGUCGUUGCGAGGCCAUGAGGCAGGGAUCUACGCCCUGGCGGUCUCGGAUCAGUUGGUGGCGUCCGGGUCCAAGGAUGGCUCCAUUUUGACUUGGAACCUCACAGGCGCCGCGAUGCAAGACGCGUCGCGCGCCAUGGAAACGCCUCUUCAAAAGUUGUCGGGCCACGCGGCGGGCGUCACGGCCCUGACGUUGCGCGACGAGUUGUUAGCCUCGGGCGCGGCGGAUAACUCCACGAAGCUGUGGAACGUGGCCACGGGCGAGUUGGUACGUCAGCUUCCCCAUCCCAAGACCGUUUUUGGGCUUUCGAUCUCAGGAAAACAACUGGCGAGUGCCUGUUGGGAUGGUGUGGCGCGGAUUUACGACUUGGAGAAUGAAGUUGAGCCCAUGGAACUUCGCGGGCAUACAGGCGGCCUCUAUGAGGUAUCACAUAGCCCACUGGAUCCCACACUAUUGGCCACUGCCUCUGCUGACAGGACUGUGCGAGUCUGGGACUUGAAGACAGGGCGGCAGCUGUGGAAGUUCAUGCACAAGGACCAUGUCACAGCCCUGGACUGGUCGCCCGUGAACUUCACCUUGGCCACCGGUGGAUGGGAUCGGAGGUUCCGCAUCUGGAAGAUCCACGCGGAGGAAGUGGCGAAGUGCCGCGGCGGAGUCUGCGGAGACUUGGUGACGUGGGCUGCAGGUCUUUUUUUUGGGAUGGACGUAGCGCGUUCUACGAUGCCGAGUUGAUCAAAUCCUCCGAAUUUUAC